AUGCAGAGAUUAAAGAAGAGAUCUUAUGGGAAGUUCAUCAUAGCAAUUUCAGAGUCGUCUAGACAGUGCGAAGAUGAGUCAGAAUCUACAUCAUUGGGAUUGGUAGAUCGGCAUGAAGAUAGAUAUCGCCAAUCAAGUUGCCAGCAAACGAGGGAAGCGAAGCAGCAGCCAGCAGCGUUGCUCGUCGCCGUUGCGCGCCGCUGGACCGCUCGCCGCCGCCGCGUGUCUACCCCGCGUCGCUCGCCGGCCAGCUCGCCUCUCCGCUCCGCCUCGGCCCGCGUCUCAGCAGAUCUGAGAGCGCCAGCAGCAGCGAAGAUCGACCAGCAAGUCGUCGGAGCUAGGACCGCCACCGCCACUCGCCGUCUCGCGCUCCGCCGCUGCCCGCGCUCGCCCGCGCUUGGCCGACGCCCAGCUGCGUCUCAGUCUCGGUUCGUGGGUUCCGGGAGCUGCCGGAGCUCGUCCCCGCCGCCGUGCGCCCCCGCCUCAGCUCGCCGGAAGUCCCUCGGCCCAUCUCGGCCCUUGUGCGCCUCAACCGGCGCCGGAUCCGCCUCCUCCAGCCCCAAAUCAGUAGCUGCGAAAAUGGAUGAAUACGCAACUUCUCUAGGGUUACAUACUAUUGUCUCGCUCUUCAUUCUGCUCACGAGGUGUAAAGCCAAUGUCCAUUUUCCCAUGCUUUCAGGAGUUGGCAAGGAAGCUGCCCGACCAGAAUGGAGCGCUAGGAUCAAGGUAGCACUUCGUGUUGCUUGUGGUUUAGCCUAUUUGCAUGGGGAUUCGAGCACCUGUGUGAUGCAUGGGGACUUCAAGGCCAGCAACACGUUAUUGGAACAUGAUUUUACGCCCAAAGUGUCAUAUUUCGGUUUGGCUCGCACCAAUAUACAUAAGAAAAACAGGCGCAUCUCUAUGGGAACCUUCGGGUUAGGAAACUCCUCUCUUGUUGAAAUAGUUCCUUUGAUUUCUGAUCUCGUAUUCUUUGAUUAA